GGGAUCCAUGGACCUGAUGCUUAUGCUUAUGCUUUAGGGUUUCGUUUUACGAACCAAAAUCCCCUUUUCCUCAUCAUCACUUAAGCUCCAUGGAUUCUUCAAUUCGGCUUGACAUCUUCGAGAUUUACAGGCGCUAUUGCGGUUUCUACAAUCCUUUUCAUGGUCGGGGUUUGCAAGCUUAUAGUAAUAUCACAUUGAAUGUGUAUGCUUCUGAGGGGGAUGGUUACAGGCAAGUCAAUGAGUCGAUGAAAGCUAAAUUAGCCAGGGAUGCCUUGUCCAAGCUCCUAGAAUUGGUUGAGUUGAGGGUGCAUAAAAGGAUGUCAAUUCUUGAAGAAAUUUCGGUCCUUAUGUCAAGGCUUAAUCUGAUGGUAGACUCUCGUGAGUUUUCAAGAUUCUAUAAUUUUGUAUUCUUCAUUUGCAGAGAAAACGGUCAAAGAAGCAUUACUGUAAGCAGGGCAAUUAUGGCUUGGAAAUUAGUAUUGUCUGGAAGAUUCAGAUUACUCGAUCAGUGGUGUAGCUUCGUUGAGAACAAUCAGCGGCACAAUAUAUCUGAGGAUACAUGGCGGCAAGUAUUGGCGUUUAGUCGUUGUGUGCAUGAAAACCUUGAAGGAUAUGAUCCUGAAGGCGCUUGGCCUGUUUUGGUUGAUGAGUUUGUCGAGCACAUGUAUAGGAUAACUGGAUCUGAUGAUACCCAUAAUUUGUGUUGCAACUGUGGUGAUUCAGAAGCCCAACCGAUGUACGACUCUUUAACUGGAUUGAAAGUCUUUUCUGGGGUGAAGAGAAAGUUACAUGAUGACAUGGAAGGCCAAGAAUUUGAACCAUUUGAUGCAUUUAACAACUCUAAUACCAUGAUGAACUCCAAAAGAAGGCACACAGAUUCCGCUAACAAGUUAGUAAAUGGAUAUCAGCAGCAGAUUACUCCAACAUGUAACAAGCCAUUGGGUUGCUCAAAGCCCCCGUGUGCAGUUGAGGGCUGCCUCUCAAAAGGUUUUUCCGAACUUUUCUCAGGUCGGUCGUGUUUACAGUAUGAUCAUGAAAAUAGAGUUUCUUACACAUAGAAAACAGUUAUAUUCUUGGUUGAGUUGGCUAUACUUCCUGCCCAGAUUCAUUCUCGAUGCCAUAAUCACCCAUUUUUGUCAAGUUCUUGGGUUUAAGAUAGGGGUUGUAACAUUCGAUCAUUAUCUAAUCUUACAAUCGUGUAUUAUGUGAUCUAUAUACAUAAUAAAGAGGCUCCCCUACAUCUUUGUACC